AUGGUUUUGCACAAGCAAGAGACCGCGCUUCGCAUAUCAACGGCUGCUCGAUUUGAUUUGAUACUCGUGAGCAGGGAGGAGAUGGCCCAGUCUUCCAGAACCAGGUGCUGCGAAUGGGUUGACAACGCAAACGCAGACAUGAAGAGCUGGGCUAAGAUACGAGGGCGAGUUGAGCAUCCCCACUGGGAGCCUCCGCGAUAUUUCCUGCGCCCAAGAGAAAAGGCGAAAGAGAUAGGCCCAGACGUACAGUACGCAGACCGGAACGACAUGCAGAGAAUUUUCUCCGCGGUGGUGAAGAAUAGCCUGUUUUCUUGGGGAGAGUACGAGGAGCGGGGUGUCGGGGGUGCCACAACUUGCAGACGCGAAAACCCCAAUAAAUGGAUGGGCGACCGACCUUUCCAUCCAGGGUUCAGGUACAGAGAUAACGGUUGGGAGAGCAUGGCAGGGGUCAAGUUUCCUCCGGAGCUACUGAACGAGGGUGAAUACAAAUCGGCACUAGGGUUCUCUCGAGACCGCCAUCUAAGCAAGGAGCUACCGCAGCACGGGCGGUUUCGGCUGGUGGUUAAGAACGGAGAGUAUUCCUGUCCUGACGGGGAUGUCCGGAGAAGUCUUCGUUUUGAGGAGGAACCUCCGGAGCCCUAUCCUGACGGGAAGAUGUACUUCGCGAGCCAGAGGUCCAUGCCUGUUGUUCCGGCGACCGGGAAGCACCUUUGGGAAGCAGCUACGAGCAACCAACCCCGAGAUCGCGACUCUGUGCUACGCAAGUCGCGUUCUCUCGGGGCCCUCGACGGCCGGUCGGUCGCAGGACGAACACCGGCGGUGGGGAACUCCAAGGCUGGGGCCGGCAGCGGAGGGGAUAGGUCACAAGCGAAGGGUGGGAGCGGGUCUGCUGUUGACGGGCCGCUUGCGGGGUCCAAGUCGUCAACGGCCGUGCGUUUUCAUGGUCAGGCAGGAGGGUCGGACGCUUGGGCCGAGCAGGGGGGGGGGGCAGGAGAUGUUCGAGGGGAAGCGGCUGCUACGAUUGCUACUCCUCCUGUGAUCCAGGCAGGAACGGCCUGUGAUGCGAAAGUGGUCGGGAAUAUGCGCCGAGGUUCCGAAAUGGCCACCUGGGCGGUAACCGGCACGAGUGAGAAGUCGGCUAGAGACUACCUGUGGUGA